UCCCGGCCCCCGGUCUUCCAUUCCCACUGGGCAGCUCGCGGGGAGCCCGCGCCACCACCGCCCUCCAUGGAAGGGGGACGGGAGGCAGGGAGCAGCCGCUGGCCCCAGGGUGGAAGAUGCAGGGCCGAAGCCCCCAGCUGAGCAUGGAGCUGAACAGGCUGCUCCUCCUCACAUCCUUUCUCCUGCACAUGGAAGAGGGCCAUGCCAGCUCAACACGGCUGGUCUGCGACAACAGACUCAUACAGAAGUACAUUGGGGAGGCCAAGGACAUGGAGAAGAGAGUGGGAGAGUGCCAGGUGCUGCCUGCACUCAGCUGUCCUGCAGUGCUGCCCUUGGUGGACUUCAGCCUCCAGCAGUGGAAAUCCAAAUCGAACGAGACCAAGCGGCGGGAGAUCCUGUGUGACAUGGCACUGCUGGUGGGCGCUGUGGUGGGUGCCCAGGGCCAGGUGACCGAGCCGUGCGGGGCCAGGCAGCUGAGCCAGCUUUACCAACACGCCAACUCCUUCCUCCUGCUCCUGCAGACCUUCAGCUGGGAGGCAGGCCCCUGGGAGCCAGGCUGCUCCCCACGCUCCAUGGAGCAGACCCACAUCACUGGCAUCUUCCUCACUUACCGGCAGCUGGUGCAGGGCAAGCUGCGCUUCUUCUUCCACGACCUGGCAAAGGACUUGUGCAAGCAAGGCCAGGCAGCUGGCACAGACCCUCGGUGCAGGGCCUGAUGAGGCUGUGCAUAGGGCUCACAGCCAGAUGCCUAGCUGUGCUCUGGGUACCCAGGAAGGUGCCCACAGGGAAAGGGUUGGCUGCUGUUUAAGCCUGCUGUGCCCACGCAGCCCACGGAGACAGACAGCAGCAACACCCACGCACUGGGCACAUGCUCUGCUCCCACCCAGGCAGGCACCUCUACUGUGAAUGCUUUACAAUUAAAGAGCUAUUUUUAUAA